CUUUCUUUUUUAAUGUAUGUUUAUUUUAUGUUUUUUUCUAUAGUAUAUUUAUAUGAAUAAGGAAGGAAGAAGUUAUAAGAAGUAAAUGAACAAAGUCUAGUUCUAAUUAUCCUAAUAAUACUUCUCAAAGCUUAAUUAUAGAAAUUAAAGAGAGAGAGAAAGAGAUAUGUCUAUGUCUCUGGUUGGCAAUGAAUUUGAAGCCUCAAAUGAAAUUAUACAAAAAGAUAGCCUUCUCAAAUCGAAUCAACCCUACCGAACUGGCUAUCAUUUUCAACCCCCGAAGAAUUGGAUGAACGGUUUAUUUUUCUCUUCUCAAAUAAUUUUAUAUGUUUUGAAUGUAGUUAUACGUAUAUUACUUAAUUUAUCUAGCGAGACUCGUCCAGAGAAAGAAUAAUAAUUUUUUUUUUAACAUUAUUUUGGUUUCGAUUAAUUUUUAUGCAUGCAUGUUGAAAUAUAUGGCUAUGGCUCAUCCUCAUCAUCAAUAUAUCUAUUCAGAUCCUAAUGGACCAGUUUACUACAAGGGAGUAUACCACUUGUUCUAUCAAUAUAACCCACAAGGCCCAAUAUGGGGUAACAUAUCAUGGGCUCAUUCAAUAUCAUACAAUCUAAUUGAUUGGGUUCAUGUUGAUAUUGCUUUAAGGCCCAAUGAUCCUAAUUUAGACAUUAAUGGUUGCUAUUCUGGUUCCAUAACCCUAAUUCAAGAUGACAAAUUAGCCAUAUUAUACACUGGAGAAGACUCUAAAAAUCAUCAAGUCCAAAAUUUGGCCACACCCAAAAAUCCCUCAGACCCUUCUCUUAGAGAAUGGAUAAAAUAUCCUAAACCUUUGAUGACUCCGAUCGAUGGCAUUGAUCCAAGCCAGUUUCGAGACCCAACAACAGCUUGGUUGGGCCCUGACAACAUUUGGCGGGUCACAAUUGGAGCCCGCCAAAUGGAUGGAAAAUGGAUGGCAUUUUUGUACAAAAGUAGGGAUUUUGAGAACUGGACCAGGUCUGAGGAAACUCCACUUUAUUUGUUCGAGAAAGAUUUAGUGGUUGAGUGUCUUGAUUUUUUUCCUGUGGGAAUUAAAGGCUCAUUAGGUGAUGAUGACAAUCAUUACUUAAAUAAAGAUCAAUAUAAGAAGAAGUAUGCUUUGAAAGUGAGCUUCCAAGCUAAAGAACAAGAUUGUUAUAUAUUAGGGCAAUAUUCUGCUCAUUUAGAUGAGUUUAAGGUUGAGAGUGAUUCUAUGAAUGAUGAUUUAGAUUUGAGAAUGGAUUAUGGAAAGUUUUAUGCUUCGAAAUCGUUUUAUGACCCCGAUAAGAAGAGGAGAGUAGUAUGGGGUUGGAUCAUGGAGACUGAGAGUAGAGCUGAUGAUAUCAAAAAAGGCUGGUCUGGACUCAUGUCAUUUCCUAGAACUAUUGUUCUUAGUGAAUCUGGGAAGCAAUUAAUACAAUGGCCAAUUGAAGAGAUAGAAAAAUUAAGAGGUGAGAAGAUUAGUGUCGAAAACAAGGAUCUUCAUUGUGGCUCGCUCUUUGAGAUUUCUGGUGUCACAACUUCACAGGCAGAUUUGGAAGUUUCGUUUGAAAUUGAAAUAGGUGAAUUAAAAAAUGCGGAGUUAUUAGAGUCGAGUAAGGUUGAUCCUCAAGAGCUUUGUAAAGAGAAAAAUAUAAGUGUUGGAGGCCAAUUUGGACCCUUUGGUUUAUUAGUUUUGGCUUCUGAUAACAUGUUAGAACAAACUGCAAUCUACUUUCGAAUAUUCAAAAUCAAAACUGAUGACGAUUGUGAGAAGUAUGUUGUUCUAAUGUGUAGUGACCAAAGCAGGUCUUCAUUGAGAGAUGAGCCUGUAAAAACCACAUAUGGUACUUUCUUAGACUUGGAUCCACUCCAAGAGAAAAUAACAUUAAGAACCUUGAUUGAUCAUUCAAUAGUUGAGAGUUUUGGUGGAGAAGGGAGAAGUGUUAUUACUGCAAGAGUUUAUCCAAAGUUGGCAAUUGACAAAGGAUCUCAUUUAUAUGCAUUCAACUAUGGAACAAAGAGUGUUAAAAUCUUAAAGCUUAAUGCUUGGAGUAUGAAAAAUGCUCAAUUUGAAUCAAAGAGAGAAGAAGAAGAAGAAGAAGCAAACUAGUAAUAAUUUUGUUUAUCAAGUCAAAUCAUUUGAAGAUUGAAACAUUAAUUAUUGAUCAUGCAAAAUUUCCCAAAUGGAUAUCUAAAAGGGAUUAUUUAGUUAGUUUUCCCUUGACUCCUUGUAUGAUCAUUAUUUAUUUUGUGAUAAAAAUAAAUUGUUAUUUGUACCUUCACUUUUAUUUUUGGUCAUAUAUGUGUGUCUUGCAACAAACAAAAAUAAAUAAAUAAAUAAAAUGCUAAUUA